AUGCUCUCAACCCUCCUCGCAUCCCUCUGUCCAUGCUCCUGCACCAGUCCCAGCCCUCCCUCACCACCACCAGCUCCGACAACCACAUCCACCCAAUACCACCACCACAAUGACCUAUCCCAAUACCAACCUCCCCUCGAACCUUCCCUCCCAGCCUACACCCCUCACCCAAACAUCCAAGACCUAAACGAAAAGACCCUCGCCCUGCACCUCCGCGACCCGCCCAUCUCUUCAUCUUCCUACAAUGCCACCAACAGCAACAAUUCCUUCCCCCUCGACGAAAAACACCCCUACACUACUACCACCACCCCACAAACAUCAGAGAAUAAUGCUGCUGCAACAACAGCAGAUGACGCAUCCUCUCAAAUCUCCUUCCCUAGCACAACCCACAGCUACGGGAACACCUCCACCGCGACGAGAGAGACGCCUCCUCCGCCGUAUUCGCCGACGUGGAGGGGCCAUGCAGAAGGGGAGGUCGAGGGGGUGAUAUCGCCGGUGCCGUCGUUGAGUUUCUCGGGCGAUGGGGAGAGGUCCAGGUCUGUGUCGAUGUCGGGGAGGAGUAGUGGGAGUUGGGGAGAUGGUGUUGACGGGGAGGGGGAUGGGGAGAAUGUGAGAAUUGCGGUGCCGAGGGGAGUGUAUGUUGCGGGGGGUGGGAGGAGGUGGGGAGAUGAAGGGAGUGUUGGGGAAGAGUAUUAUGGGUAUGGUGAUAUGAGGAGGGUGAGUUAUGAGAGUGAGAGGAGUGGUGGUGGUGGGAGGAGGGGGUCGUGGGUUGUGUAG